AUGGGAUUCAAUUUGAGCAAAAGUCAAGAAGCUAACGCUGCUGGAGAAAGCCCCAUAAAGGACGGACACAUACAAAAUGGUCAAGCUGGGGCCCGCAAAAUAGGUUCUAAGACGCAAGAUGGUAAAGAUGAGACGUCUUUUAGGUCUAGUGUUGCGAGACUGAGUAUUUGCGAAGACGAGAACACUAAGGCAAAAAUCCUAGACAAGCUGCAACGAAAGGACUCUGACGACAUUAUUGUUAACGAAAAAAAUUCUGGCGAUCAGAAAGCGGGUUCAAAAAGAAGAAGGAGGCGAUCUAGUGGAGUAGCAGGCCCUAGCCUUGGAAACCUGAAAAAAACUCUUGAGGAGCAGCAUUCAAGUUCAUCACUCAAUAUCCCUAAAAGGAAGAAAAAAUCAUCUCAACCGGCGUCUCUAUCGAUAAGUCAAAAAGCUCUUCAGAAGCGUGUUUCCAUCAAGGAUCUAAGAGAUCUUGUGCUGUAUAUUUUCCAGGAUUCCAAUAACGCACCAGGAUGGAUCCAGGUUGGUAACAGGGCGUCCAUGAACAAAAUGAUAGUUCUGUUCGCCCCUGGGCUUCAAGCCGACGACUUUGAAAAGAAUAAGAAGCACGCGUGGGGGGACCAGACUGAAAACCCACGCGCUACCUCCCUUAUCUCGCUGGACGAUGACGAACUUUUAGACACAAUUCAAAGGGUUCCUAUAUCUGCCCCGGGUUCCAAGUCCACUUUGUACUCAGCGUACAACUCUUUUAUAAAUGUUGGACUUAGCAAAAAAGAGAAGGAGGAGAAGAAGCAGGCAUUAAACCAGAAAGCCAUUACUCUCAAUGAUCUGGUACUGAGGCCUGACCAGCUUCUCGAAAACGAGUACCCGGUUCACGAAGAAACGCCCGGUUUAAGCGAGCAGGAAAAACAAAUUCUUUCAAAAACUCAUGCAGAGUGCGACGCAGCCUGGAAGAGUACGAAGUCUUUUGAACACGGCGGUUCGCACACAUUUGCAUUAGAUUGCGAGAUGUGCAUGUCUAAAGACGGGUUGGUUUUGACCCGAGUCAGUUUGGUCGAUUUUGACUGCAACCUUGUCUAUGAUAGCCUUGUCAAGCCUGAUGUGCCAAUCGUGGAUUAUCUGACAAGAUACAGCGGCAUCACCGAGGAAAAGCUAGAGAACGUCACAGUGACACUCGAAGAUGUUCAAAACCAAUUGCUGAAACUUGUGAGCGCGGACGACAUUUUAAUAGGUCAUUCAUUACAGUCAGACUUGAAUGUCUUAAAAUUGAGACAUCCGAAAAUAAUCGACACAGCUGUUAUCUUUGAGCAUAAAGCUGGGCCUCCUUUCAGACCUGCCCUAAAGUAUUUAGCUUCCGAAUAUUUGAGCCAAACGAUCCAAAAUAGCGAAGGUCUUGGCCAUGAUUCUUUCGAGGACGCUCGCGCGUGCAUGGAGCUUACAAAACUCAAAAUAGUUAAUGGGCUUGCUUUUGGGGUUGGUGUAAACACAGAGAAUCUUUUUCAGAGACUUGCACGAGCUGGCGUCAGAAGCCUGUGCUUGAAUGAUUACGCUCCCAAAUACACCGAACUAACUUCAAGUCGAAAUGCGUCUGAGGUCAACUUGAGAUGUGCAAACGACGAAGAGAUAUUCGAUAACAUAAGGAGCAGUUUGAAGGAGUACGACCUUUUUGUCGGAAGAUUGAGGGAGCUAGAAUUUGCUCGCGAGUAUGCCGAGUCACCUAAAGGUGUUACCAAAGAAGAUUUUACCGCAGCAAGGGAGAGAUUCGUACAAAGGCUAAAAGGACUAUAUCACGCAAGCCCCCCAUCCACUGUUAUUCUUGUAUGCUCUGGGACGGGAGAUACGCGAGAUUGGGCUAACAUAAUGAGAGAGCUUAACAAAUUGAACAAGGACGAAAAGUUUGAAGAGCGGAAAAAGAGGGAGUCCGAGAUUCAGGCUGCUGUAUAUAAGGCGAGGGACGCUAUCGGGCUAUUAAUGACCAAAAAAGCAGAAUAG